ACUUAAACCAGUCAUCCCUGUGCAGGUGCGAAAUCGAGGCAACUCUCGAGAGGCUGAAGAAACUCGAACGGGACCUCAGCUGUAAAGAGCAAGAACUCAAAGAAAGGGAAAGACGUCUGAGGAUGUGGGAGCAAAAGCUGACGGAGCAGUCCAACACCCCGCUGCUGCCCUCCUUUGAGAUUGGCUCGUGGACUGAAGACGACGUGUAUUUUUGGGUUCAGCAGCUCGUCAGAAAAGGAGACUCUUCAGCAGAGAUGAGCGUAUAUGCAAGCUUGUUUAAGGAAAACAACAUUACAGGAAAGCGACUGCUUCUUCUGGAGGAAGAAGACUUGAAAGACAUGGGCAUUGUCUCCAAAGGGCACAUCAUUCACCUGAAGGUACCUCAGAGAGGGAAGACGUUCGGUCAGCAAUCUUUGCUGAGCACCUACCCUGUAGCAGACCCUGUGCCCGAGGCUGAGGAUACACACACACAAAGCACUGGCUGUUACAAUACUGAAUGCUUCCACACCAGCUCCAGUGAUGUUCGAGCUCCAAAGAGCACUAAGCACGUCCACUCAAUUCAGUGGAGUAGAAUGAAACCUCAGGAUGAAGUGAAAGCUGUCCAACUUGCCAUUCAGACAUUACUCCCUAACUCAGAGGGCAACUCUAGAAGCAGGUCUAACUCAAGUGCUGAUCGCCAGUGGCUGGAUACUCUGAGGUUGCGGCAGAUUGCGUCCAAUACUUCUUUACAGCGUUCCCAGAGCAAUCCCAUUCUGGGGUCACAGUUCUUCCCCUAUUUCAAUGACCAGGAUUCCUAUGCUGCUGCUGUAAGGCGGACCCAGGUGCCCGUUAAGUAUCAACAGAUUACACCCAUAAACCAAUCCAGAAGCUCCUCUCCUACUCAGUAUGGACUGACCAAAAACUUCUCUUCUCUACAUCUCAACUCCAGGGACAGUGUCUUUUCCAGUCUUCCAACUGACAGCUCUUUAGAGAGGGGUCGAUACUCAGAUAGAAGAAAGAACAAAUAUGAUCGUGGUAGCGUAUCACUAAAUUCUUCUCCUAGGGGAAGGUACAGUGGGAAAAGUCAACAUUCCACACCUUCACGAGAAAGAUAUUCUGGAAAAUUCUACAGGGUUUCUCAGUCAGCACUCAAUACUCAGCAGUCACCUGACUUCAAGAGAAGCCCAAAUGACUGCCAUCGACCCAGGACCAUACCAGGGAUGCCUUUACACCCUGAGACUGACUCACGAGCCAGUGAAGAGGAUAGCAAAGUCAGCGAGGGAGGAUGGACAAAGGUGGAAUACCGUAAGAAACCUCACAGGCCCUCUCCUGCCAAGACGAACAGGGAAAGAGCCAGAGGAAACUACCGUGGAAGGAGAAACUUUUGAUGAAUUGAACUAGAUGAGUUUUCCUACAUAGGCUCUUUUCUUUUCUUUCUUUCCUUUUUUUUUUUAAAGAUGUAAUGGAUUUUAAUAAUAUGAUACCUUCAGACAGAAUUAACAAAAAGACAACUUUUCCAUUUUUGGAUUUAGGAAAUGCCUUCUAAUUGAGACUACAGCCAAACCGGAGCUAAAAUGAUGGAUGUUGGUUGCCCAAGGAUGAUAACUAGACUUAAACAUAACUAUACAUAUCCUCCCACCCCCGAAUUAACAUUUUGAGAGGAGAUAAUGCCACCUUAUUUCCCUAACCACUGCCAUUCUGGUUAGCAGGGCCUGGACUAGGGUGAUGUUAAGUGGGGGUCCUUGCCUUGGGUGCAGAAUUUAUAGGGAGCCAGAAAGCUCAGUAAUCAAGAUACAUAAUAUCCUAAUGCAAUAUUUAAAUAAAUGAAAAUGCAAAAAAUUCUGUGAUAAACAAAAAAUCAAAAUUCUCCAUAAAUAUAGGAUCAGUAUUACUGAUUUUUCCUCCUGUCUAAGGCUCCAAUAUGGCUUGGCAAGGCACUGUUACGGAUCCUGUCUAUUGAAAAUUUUGAUAUUUUGUUCAUCAUGAAUUUUUGCAUUAAUUUUUAAAAUAUUGCAUUAAAAUAUCAUUUAUCUUGAUUACUGAGGUGUUGGGGGCUUCUUGUUUUUCUUGAGGCCUCCUUAAUUUUGUGCCCGAGGCAAGUGCCUCAGUCUUGACACUGCUGGUUAGUAUUUAUAGUAAGGUAUUUGGAUUUUUCUCAUGGUCAGAGCUGAAGUGGUUUGUCAUUUUUAGACAAUAAAAAAGGUUAUUGAACUUAAUGUUUAUUGCAAUGCAUAUCUCUUUCAUUAAGACUCAUCAGAAACCAAAGAUCUAAAAUUGCCUAGGAGAACUGUGGUUAUUCCUUUCCCAAAGCUCCAGGGACUGCUUUUGAAUAUUAUUUUCUACAUUUUACCAAAGGAGGAGCAAAGAGGGAAAAACAACAGUCCAUAAAGACCUCCCGGAAUGUCAGAAAUCUAAAAUCUGGAAGAAAACAGACCCACAGAGCAGGAUAAUAACAUCACAAGCCACAAGCCAAAGAAAUUUUAAAUUACCAACAUCCUUGUUAGAGCAAGAUGGUAAAUACCAUCCUUGCAGCAAGAAAUCUCUAAGCAGCUGAGGGGGGUCAGGGGGUGGGUGGGGUGAAGGUAAAUGGUGCAGGUGGGAGGAAACUGCCUGCAGCUUAGGGCAGGAAUUGUGAGAUCCAACUUGUAAAAUUCUUUAUAUUUUACAAAUCAAAAAGUCGGGAGGUAACAAACUUAUAUGUCAAAUAAAUAAAUGUUACUUUCAGUA